AUGCAUGCGACCCGCACUUGCAAGGCGGCGCUGCGAGUUCUGGCACUGGGCUUGCAGUGCGAAAUGCGCUACCUGUGCCAGUGGAGAGCAGUGGAGUCUCCUCAUAUCAUCCGGGCAGAAGAAGAAGAAGAAGAAGAAGAAGAAGAAGAAGAAGAAGAAAAAGAAGAAGAAUGCGUGGAAAGCUUGCCUAACAUGCUGCAGCUACUAUUCAUUCCAGCUUCCUUGCAUGAUCUGGCAGCUCCCUACCUGCUGGAAAAAAGUGCAGGACAUCCUGGAGGUGGCAUUUAUUCCAAUAUGUGAUACGAAGUACAAUACUGUCAAUUUUAUAUUUCAUGUGAUAUGCUAUGGUAUGUAGUAUUGCUCAUGGUCCGUUCAGAUCCAAAUUUGUCUUUUCAAAAAGUAGACAAUUUUUUGGCAGGUUUUAAAAUGUUAGUAUUACUGUACAAUGUAUUCUUUCACCAAACUAAUAGGCUGCGAUGUGAGCUGUUGUGCGAGUGUCAAAUGUGAGUUCAGUGCAUAUAGUUGGAGGUUAGGGAUAGCUUUCACAAGAGUGAUUUACAUUGUUCCAUAUCUAUUAUUGCAAAGAAUUUUAUAAGAAUUGAUACAUAUUGUGUGUACAAGAUUCAAAUACAUAUGUGUGUGAAUUAACUCGUGGAUGUUAAUUGACCUGCCAUACAUUUUGAAUUUCUGAGAGUCUUGUGUUGUUUUCUUUCAAUAUGUUCUUAAUUAAAACUGCAACAGACUAAAUUGCUACAAGUUAUGCAUAUAAAUAAGUUUUUAAAAGGAAGUUAGUAAGUGCACUUUUCUUGCAUUUUAUCUAAAUAAAUACAUUCAUUAGUGAACAUUCUCCAUUUGGCAGAAUGACGAGAAUAAUAGGGGGUAUCAUGGCACAAACAUUAGUUAACCAGUGUUUGAGAAGCUAUAAUUAUAUGUACAUGUUAAUCACCGUUAAUGUCCCUCAAUUUAGUUUGGCAUCAGUGUAUUAAAAACUGUUGUCAUGACUGAACAGACAAUAAUGAAUAUCUUUUCUUAAUAAUUAAAAAUGAUUCAAUAUCUAAUAGGAAAUAUAAUUCUUAGUGUAUGAUGUGAUAUUGUGUGUUAUUGAGCAACUUGCUGUGCUUUUGGACCAUUAAUAUAUUGUCGAAAUUUACAAGUCUAAAAAGUAUUUUGGUAUAAAUCAAUUUGAAGUGGAUUCUGUUAACUCUACUCCAUAUUUUUUUCUACAUAGGGCAUAAUAUCUUUUACAAACAAUGAUUGCACUUGGUUGUGAUAUUUAUGCCUGCAAUUUUGAAGCAAUCAAAUGUGAUUUUAAAGCAAGUGCAGGAUUUUUCCUGAUGCAUGCUACAACUUGAAAUUGGCUCAUAAUGCUUUUGGAACAUAUUUAAAAUUUAAUGCCCCAGCUGGAAAAAUACAGUGGUUCUUUAUUGAGAAAAUUCAGUCUUCCAUAUGAUUGAAUUUAGCCAGCAAAUUCACAUGAAAACAUGCAGAAUGGAAACGUAACCCUAUGAAAGUAAAGUUAGCUGUUUAAGUUCUUCAGUUGGAGAUGCACUUACAUUUUUAGAUAUAUCCCAAAUUAUAGAGUUUCAGGCUAUAAAGCUACUGUUCAUUUCAUUCAGGUCGUAGAUUGAAUCUUGCAACUUCCUCAAUAGCAGAAGUGUCUUUGCCAGGGGCUACAAAAACCUCUCUUCUUUGACAAUGUGAUUAACAAAGAAAUGCAAAUUAUUGAAGAUGUUAAUUAUUUAUUUUCUCUGAAAGACAGAAAUGGCAAACUACUUUGCCAUUCACCUAGGAAAACAUUUGUUCUUGGUUUGGCCACUGCUGACAAAUCAGUAUUUUUUGGGGGGGAAGGAAGUGUUUAACAGAGCUCAAAAUCCUCACAAGUAUGCAUUUACAUACAGAUUUUCUCAAGAUAAUGUUAAGAUACUGUUCUCGAGAAUUAAAAGAUUAGGUUGCAACAACAUCCCCAAUGUUAAACAGUGUAGAAAAGCAGCAUAGUGAAUCUGAUAUUCUACAGUUCAACAUUGGAGAUGUUCUAAGGCCACAAUAAAUAGAUAUAAGGGACUAUGUGCUGUACUAUGUGUAUGGCUUUAUUGUUCAGUUCUUGACCAAACGAAUUACUUGUAAUUAUGUUAAGUGUUGUACUCGCAUUUUGCAGAGAACACAAGAUUUGUUGAUUUAAAAAACAAAGAGGUGGUCUUGUGUCAGCUGUAGAAUGUGUCUACAAAACUGUACUUGAAACUGAGAAGCGGUUGUCUCUCCACUUCAGAGAUAAGGGUGCUUCUGCUUCAUAUUUAGUUAAAAAAAGGGAAACAGCGUAAAGCGGUUGUGUGCAUUUGAAAUGAAAUGAAGUAAUGAAAAUCUUUUCUCUGGCACCAAUCUGUGUGCUAUAGCCACUGCUAACUUAUGUUCCUAAAAAUUCAGCUUGUCAAUUUAAUAGUGGAUAAUUACUCAGUAAUAAGACUUAUCUCCCAGGUCAAACAUUUUGCUGAAGAUACUUGCUCUCUCAGUAAAAGACAAUCAACUGAAUAAGUUAAUAUUAUUUAACAAUAUGUAAAUAUAAUUCUAGUUAUUAAGUGCCAUUCACCUCAAACAUGUGUAACAAUUAAGCUUUUGUUGAAAUAAAAAUAAACUAAUACGAAUGUUAUUUAACAGAUAUAAAUUAUUUAGAAUCGUUGUGUGUAUUCAUUCCCUCAGGGUAUGCUUGGUACUAAUCGAAUUCAAAUUCCCGCCAGCUUUUUGCCAGUUUCUAAUAAGGCUUCACCUGAUCCAAUGCUUUGACGACUUUGACUUAGCAGAUCCUUGAUGCAAGAAUAAAUCGUAACAGAUAUUUUCUUC